UUAUCUUGAUGCUGCUCCUUUUUCUCUAUAUUAAUAAGAAGUUCUGUUUUGAAAAUGUUGGCGGGUUUCCAGAUCUUGGUUCAGGAUACAGUACAAGGAAGAAUUCACAAGAUAAAAUUUGUAUAGAAUAAAAAAUCAGUAGUAUUUGAGGGGAAAAUAUUGUCUUGCUGCUGUUAUGGUAGCUAUGGAAUGGGAAAAAGUGUCAUUACAUUUAAACCAAGUGGUUUGAUUUUUUUUUUUCCGGAAGAGUCUUUGCUUCAACGUAUUUCUUCCAAGUACAUAAUGCAUUUACAGAAAGAGUAAAAGGCACAAUGUGAAAUACUAAUAUUGAGCUGAUGAGUAGCAACAUUUAGGUAAAUAUUAAAUUCAAAUUCAAAAGUGGUUGAUAUUUUGAGAAGAGAAAAUUCCGUUAUUGCACUUUUUAGGAACAAGGAAGUAGAAAAUGGCAUUUUUCAAAAAUUUUCAGCAGAAUCUACCUUCAGUGUCCUCUCUGGUAGACACAAUCAGUAAUGCCGUAGAAGAUUUGACCACUGCUGUUGGGGAAGUCAGCUAUGCUUUAACUGACUCAGUUGCUGAACAGGUAACAAGUAUGAUCAAUGGCUUUCGCCCAGAAGAGGAAAGCUCUGCAGCAGUAGAAGCUGGAGAGAUGUCUAAACCAGAAAAUGCCAUGUUACCAGAAGUUUCCAAAAACCCUAAUUGUCAGAAAACGCAAUCCAAUUUAGAGCACCGAGCAAAUCAAGUAAGUUGUUAUAAUGCUUCAGUUUCACGAGAGCAAGAUCAAGGAAUGAAUGAAGAAAGAAUAUUUAAACAUAUUAAUGGUAGGCAACAGACUCUAUCAAAAUAUCAAGAAACCGAUAAUGCUGGUGAUUCUUUGAAAGACCACAUGAGCGGUGGUAGGAUAUCAGUUAUCAAGCAGAAUGCAAGGGCUGGAUCUACUUGUCAAGAUCUUGAACGUACUGACAGAUCUAAAGAAAUUGGAUUAGGAAUUUCCAAUAAUGGUAGGAAUGAUUUGAAGGAGGUAAGAGAUCGAGAAAUGAAAGAAAAUCAUUUAAAGAAAGCUGAGAAACAUGUUAAAAGUAAAGGAUCCAAAGGGAAUGAAUGUUCAGGAAAUGAAUAUUCUCCAAAAGAUAUUUUGGCAAGCAAUAGACAUAUGAUACGGAAAUCCAUUAAGAAAGAAGAUACACAUCCAGCACCAGCAACUAAUUCUAAAGAUAAGUUACAUGGAAAAAUCAAAGAACAAAUAAAUCCAACAAAAUACUACAACAUAAAAGGAGACAUAAAAACAAAGAAAAAUGAAGCCACUUCUGCCAAGAAAGGAGAAGCAAAGAGUAAGGAUGAAAAAUAUUCUAAGAUAAUACCAGAAAAAGAUAAUUCCUACAUGGACAAAGAUGAGCAUUGUUCAUCCUCUGAAAGUGAAGAUGAAGCACUGGGUAAAUAUCAUGAGGCCUUAUCCAGAACACACAAUUCCAGACUACCCGUGGCAGAUUCUAGACAAAAGAACUAUACUUGGGAAACAAGACAAAAAUAUAGUCCUCUAUCUGCAGAGUAUGAUGGAUACAGUAGUGAAGCAUCAAUAGAUGAAGGAAACUGCAUUCAGAGAAUGAGAAGAACACCCCCACUGGAUGAAUUGCAGCCACCACCAUAUCAGGAUGACAGUGGUUCUCCCCAUCUCUCAUGUACCCCCUCAGAAAUGGGGGACAGUAAAUGUGAAUUUUCCCACUGCAACAGUCCAAGAUGCUCAUAUAACAAGUGCCCAAGUGAAGGAAGUACAGGUCAUGAAAUAGAAAGUUUUCAUAAUAAAGGAUAUGAAGAAGAUGUUCCGAGUGACAGCACUGCAGUCCUGAGCCCGGAAGAUAUGUCAGCUCGAGGAUCGUCUUCACAGCUUCCUAAACCUUUUGAUCCUGAGCCAGAAGCUAAAUAUGGCACACUGGAUGUGACUUUUGACUAUGACUCACAAGAGCAGAAGCUUCUGGUAACAGUGACAGCUGUCACAGAUAUCCCAACGUAUAACAGGACAGGUGGCAACUCAUGGCAAGUGCACCUUGUUCUUCUACCUAUAAAGAAACAGAGAGCAAAAACCAGCAUCCAGAGAGGACCAUGCCCUGUCUUCACAGAAACAUUCAAAUUUAAUCAUGUUGAAUCUGAGAUGAUUGGAAAUUAUGCAGUUCGGUUUAGACUGUAUGGUGUACAUCGCAUGAAAAAAGAAAAGAUUGUGGGGGAAAAGAUUUUUUAUUUAACAAAAUUGAAUCUUCAAGGGAAAAUGUCAUUACCUGUGAUAUUGGAACCUUCUUACAAUCAUUCUGGCUGUGGCUCCCAAAUGAGCGUGUCAGAAAUGUCCUGCAGUGAAAGCACAUCCUCGUGUCAGGCUCUCGAACACGGCUCAGUUCCAGAAAUUCUCAUUGGCCUGCUUUAUCAUGCCGCCACUGGAAGACUAUCAGCGGAAGUGAUAAAAGGCAGCCACUUCAAAAACUUGGCCGCGAACAGACCACCCAAUGGACUGUUCUGUUGUCUAAAACACUUGAUAGGUGGACAGGUUUAUAUAAUCCGAGAUACAUAUGUUAAAUUAACUCUACUGAAUUCCAUGGGUCAAGAGAUGUCCAAAUGCAAGACAUCGAUCCGCAGAGGGCAGCCAAAUCCAGUAUACAAGGAAACUUUUGUUUUUCAAGUGGCCCUAUUUCAACUUUCUGAUGUGACUCUCAUACUGUCUGUGUAUAACAAACGCAGCAUGAAAAGAAAAGAGAUGAUAGGCUGGAUUUCUUUAGGUCUGAACAGCUCUGGAGAAGAGGAACUCAAUCACUGGACUGAAAUGAAAGAGUCAAAAGGACAGCAAGUAUGUAGAUGGCAUGCGUUACUAGAGUCAUGAUGGAUAGGAUAAAGGAGCGAUUACCGUCCAAGGCAGCAUUAUUUCUGAUCACAGCACUAUUCUUUUUACCUAGUCACCGUUACAAGAGCUGUUCUUUGAAGAAUCGUCUUCAACAUUCUACCAAAAUGCUUUAAAUUCUGUGGAAGGAACAUCUAAACCGACAUAAAUGAAGGAAAAAUGUGUCUCUGGUAGAGCUUGUUUGGGAAAAGGAGAAACGUGUAUCGUCCUUGUGGAACAAAACAGUCCUCCAGAGCUUUCAGAACAUGCUUUUGGUUUGAAGUUAAUUUUACUUUAGCAAAAGAGCCAAUAAUUUCAUGAAAAACCAAAAUUCUGAAUGAUUUUUUAAAAAUCAGAAUUUUUAGUUGCAGCACUAUUUUAGUGUCACCGUACACGUUCUCCAUAAAACCUCUUUUGACUGGCUCGUCCCCGGUGUUUGUGAUGUUCUCUAAUAUGGGAAAGUAGUUCUCCAGCUCCAUCAUAAGUCAUAUCUAACAGUGAAGGGUUUCCAUCACAUUGAAAAUUGUUUUAUUUCAGAUAUUUUCCCCGCAUGCACUUAUUUCAUUGUGCCUCAGUUCUUCUCAGCACUAAAUCUAAGUGCAAGCAAGUAUUCAUUUUCAUACAAGAAUUUUUUUUAUAUGUUAUUUUUUAAAAAGCUCAUUUCUUCAUUUGCCUCUGCUUUUGCCUGAUCCAAAGAGACCAAGUCGCUGGACUGGUCCUUUGCAAGUCUUUUAGACAGGUUGUACUGUAGAACUCUGUAACUUUCUGUUGAAAGCACUUCCUGUAUUCGUGUAUUCCAAUGUAGGAAGCUAAUAGAGCAGGACUUUACUUUAAAAUUCCUUUCAAUGAUUGACUGUUUGAAAUUGUAGUCAUGUGAAAAUACAUUUUUUACAAACUAAAAAAUAUAGUAGAUAAGCUGUUGAAAAUUGAAAACAAUUCAAGUUAAAGACUAUUUUAAUUAUCUGCUCUGAGUAUUUAGUAACCAACACUGCAUAGAGCAGGUAGCAUUCAAAUAAGAAACUGUUCUCUCUCUUCACUCUCACUUCGAUUUGUAUUUGUGAUAUAAAGACUCUCCAGUGCUCAGUUUGAAUCAGAACGUCAUGUUCAAAACAGUUUUGAGAUUCCUUAUGAAGUUUCUAGUGACUUGUGACUAGAUUUUAUGAAAUUUACAGAUAACGUUCUUCAACGUGAUGUCAUCCUGUGCCUUUCAUGUAAGUUAAAUUUGCUCAUACAGCUUGAAAGUUGUAUUUGCAAAAUUAGGCCUUCGAUUUUUAUAAAUGUAAAGAUUCCUCAGAACAGUGUCACAAGAUCUUUAUUUCCUCUGAAGUAUGUAAAAGUUGUAUAAUGUGCUAAUUUUUUAAAAUGGCAAGGCAUUUUCAUUUGUUCUUUUUAUAUUUAGGAACUCUGAUUAAUCAGGAAAAUUAUAAGCUGUCUUCUUUUUAAUUUUGCUUCUUACCCAAUAUAUAAUUUUAUGCAUAUACUUUAUUAAAUAGAAUAUGUUUUGUAUAUAUAAAAGUAUUUUUUUCUCUUUCUAAUGUCUAGUUAAACUAGACAAAAACAUACUAUUUACCAAUUACUAAAAAGCAUUAUAUCAUCGUUCCUAGUCCCAACUAAGUACUAUAGAUUAUUGUAUGCUAGAAAAGCUAGGACUUGUUAUUACCAUAAUAACAAAACCAUGCAUAGAUAUUAUUACUUCAGCUUGGCUGUACUGAAAGGCCUUAAAAGAAAUCCAAAAAGACAGUGAACUCCUAAUAUUUUUUGGUUUAAAAAGUGGCAGCUCUAUGCAUUCAUACACAUGAAUUAUAAGACAAAAUAUAAAUGCUCUCUUGGGUGACUUGAGGGUCAAGAAUCUAUGUUUCUAGAGUUACGUUAAAGGAAAGAAUCUGUUCUCUUAUUGUUACAUUAAUGAGCUUUUCCCAGGGCUUUUUAUAAAUGAGUUGGGUUAUUAAGUUAGAACAUGAAUCAAAUGGUCAAAUAUCUCAUGUAAGUAUUUUCAGCAACAGUAUGGAAAAAGACUUGAAGGGAGGGUGUAGAUCUUACUGAGAAAUUGGAUUUACGCAUUUGAUGCUACAAGUAGCUUUUCUGGCUUUGAAACAACGGACUGCAUUGCUAACAGCUGGGAUCUUCCUAAUAAAAAGAAUUAUCAGUCUUAUUUGUAGCUGUAACAAAACCUAAUCAAACACAUUAUAAGACUGGGUUGGUGCUUUCUCCUUCAGUGAGGAAAACUAGCUGUUAUUUGUUGUUUGUUACAUCUUUCUUCAGACUAUGCCCAGAAUUGUGUGUGUGCUUUGAUAUAUCCUUAAUGGUUUAUCUGAUAUAAGUGUUAAAUCCAAUAUGGCCUAAAAUUAAUCAGCGAUUUAAAAAACAUUUCAGGAAGGACCCUACCUCCACCCCAGCUGCCAAGUCCUCAAAGAUUAUGAAUUAUGUGUAUGUGUAUCUGUAUACACACACAUACCGACACACACAGCCCAAUGUGUAUUGUGUGUAUUUGUGUGUAUAUAAAGGUGAAGGUGUCCUGGCUUUUUCAGAUAACUAAAUAGAAAAGCGUUUAUCAAGUUUCUGCAUUACUUUUCUCCUCUGUAUAUUUACUAGAGAUUAUAUUUGGUUUUGGGUGCUAUUUGCUACCAUUCUCCUCCAUACACAGCAAAAUAUGUAUCUUUUUAUUUUGUGGAUUGACACAAUUUAGAGUAAUUACUCCCUAAAAUUUGUCUGUUCUUUUAGAACAAGAUUAAAUAGGGCUCCAGAGACCCACUUCACUCGACUGAAUCUAAUGUACAAGACAGUACUACUGCUCUUUUGUGAGCUUGAAUUUGCAUGAAAGCUUAAAGGCAAAAUCUUAUAUCUCAGUAAUUAUAUCAAAUAGGGGCCCAUGGUGGGCAGCAGGUGUUGCCUCAGAAACUUGAGAAAGACAACCCACUUUCUUAUUGUGCUCUUAAAAUCCCCUAAGUUUUAUAAUAAAAUGAGAUAGUCCAAAUAUGGCAAUUGACUGGCAUUCAUGGGAGCUCCUGAGCCUGGAAUUACUGGCUUUAUUUGUCUCCCAAAUGAGCUGCAAAAUGUAGUUGUUUAUUACUGCCCGAGAAACAAAGUGUAUUUCAAAUCUGUAAAGAAUUUGUUUAGUAUAAUAUCUUCUUACCUUUCAGAAGCUUUCUUCUAUAGUUUUGUGUCUUCUAUACUGUGUCCACAGUUUGUGUGAAAUCCAUUUGCAUAUUUUCUUACUAUGCAUUCAGUAAAUUCUCAAUAAUGUAUUUAAUGACAGAAAUAAUAAAUUGGACCACAAUUUAAAACGAGAGAAACCAAUGAGAAAAUUUCUAAACUACCCAUUAUUAAUAUAUACAUGUUUAAGUGUAGGGUCUGGUAGGGCUGUUUCAUCCAGCUUCGUGCAGAUGCUCAGGGCUAUGUGUUAAAUUGUUUUCUUGAUACCGUCAUCAUUUUCAUGUCACUUAUCAAGUGAAUCAGAAGCGUAAUCAAUGAUUACACAGUACGAUAGCACUAAUGGGGAGGAGGUUAUAGAAUUGAGGCUGUUCUUCAAGAUGAAGAUGGAGACCAAGUGAUAUCAUAGUUUUUCAAGUGAACUGAGAGAUAGGCUAUUUGAAGGCAUAAAUUUUAGAUAAAGUAAGAACAGUAGUCACCAACAAAUUUGUCUCAUGGUCUCUAUCUGGAUAUGAGUUGAAAUUAUACAAAUCCACUUGCAUAAAAUUGCCACUUGCCUGAAUAGACUAGAUAGUCAAUUCAUAGCAAUUUUUCUCAUUGAUAGUUAUUUCACAUAGAUAGUUAUUAUUCAAAAGUUUUAAUUUCUUUUCUUCCCCAUGCACCAUCCCCAGGUCACCUGUGACCUCCACUAGAGGUAGCCGUCAGUAUCAUCACCACCAACCAAACUCUAUAUUGAGCCAAGGUUAAACACACUACCAAGAAUUUUUUUCAGUUAACUCAAAAACAUCAUCUGUGCCUACCAAAAUGUAUAAUAAUGAGGAUGGUAACUGCUAUAAUUUACUAAGCCCUGGUACGAUAAUUUACCAUUUUGUUUGAUGCUCACAACACUGUGAGGUAAGUAAUAUUAUCACAUUUUGUAGAUGAAGAAAUUGCAGCAUAGAAGCUAAGCAGACUUGCCCAAGGUCAUCCAGGAAAGAAGUGGAAGAACUGGGAUUAGAACCCAGCUAUAAAUUACUCUAAAACCUAUGCCAUGCAUGUUACAGCUGCGUCCCUCUUUACUGGUUGCAAGAAAAACAGUCAAAGCAACAUUAUAUUUGUCAAUAAUCCCACCUACCUUAAUUGAAUGGCCGAACUAGAUAAAGAAAGGGAAAAAACAAGCAGAGCUUGGGAAAGAGAAAUAAUGACAAAGAAGGAAAGAAGAUCAGAUGUGUUUGUCUUCAGGACACAAAUGGUACUUUUGUGCCGUACUUUGUAGUUGACUUUGAUUUUCAAAGACUUGGGGAUUAAUUUACUUAGCCACUUUAGCCCAUACUUACUUAUAUUCUGAAAGUGUGUUAAUCGGUUUGUUCUGCUCCUUGUCCACUUUUGGGAAUCCAAGAUAUUUUAGUUGUAUAUGAUCACCUUUCUACCCUAUGAAGUGGAUAGCCUGUAUCCAUUAGGAUACAUUAGGAUUCGCUGAUAUAAUUCCCCGUAUCAAUGGUGAGAGGCAAGUCUCUUCUCUUCCUCUGUGCUUUCAUGGCAAUUUAUUUGUGUUUCUUCUAUACUGUUUGUUAAAGUUUAACCAGAUUACAGCUAGUUUUAUUAUAUAUGUUUCUCUUUCUCCCUUGGUAGUAGUUAAUGCCUUGUCUUAUUACCUUUAUGUGCCCCUUGCUCAUUGCAGGCAUACCAUAAACAUUGAAUUGAAUUAAAUUUCCUAUGGAAGAAAUCAAUAAUACCAUUAUAUAAGUCUCAAUUUUUAUGAAUCUUGUCUUAUGCGUGGAUUUAUUUAUUCUUUCAUUUCAUAUAUGUUUGUAAGAGUACUUACCAUGUGCCAUGUGUUGUUCUAAGUGCUACAGAUGCAGAGAUAAUAAAUUGGAUAGACAAAGUCUUUGCCCUCAUGGAGCUUGCAUAUCAGUUUAGUGAAGGAGAACAACAUGGAGUUCAGAAAAAUCUUCCUGGAGAAGGUAACCCCUGAGUUGGAUCUUAAAGAACAAAUAUAGAUUAGACUCACAUCAGGAAACAUUUCUCUCCAAGGGCAAAAUUUAAAAGAGCGGUUCCCAAACUAUAGCAUGUUUAAGAAUUAUUUUGAGCACUUAAUUUGUAUUCCAAAGCCCUACCUCCAGAGAUCUCUUUCAUUUGGUCUGGGGUGGAGUCCACGAAUCUACAUUUUAUUAAGCUCCCCAGGAAAUUCUGUCCAAGAUACAUUAGUAUAGAAUAUUUAAGCUCAUUAUAUAGAAUUAUUGAUUGCAAUAUUUCAGUGCCCAUAGAUUAGAUCUUUAAAUGUGCUAGUGAUAAAUAAGAGCGAGAUUAAGACUAGGAUUAGUGCUAUUGAUCUUUUACUUGUGCAUCCUUAAAAAGAAAGAUAUUUAAUGAAAAAAUUGAAAGUAAUAUUUAGUGAUGAGUUCCUGUCCAUUCUCAUUCAACAUAACUUUUGCAAAGUAUUCCUUGGUGUAAUAAAUAAAUUCUAUUUUGUUGGCUUUAUGAUUGCUGGAAAUUCCUUUGGAUUCAAAUAUUCGUUCACAUAUUUCCAAGCUAUCUUUACAAUGAUAGCUAUAAGACAAACAUAUUUAUCUGGUGUAUCCCUGUCAGUAUUCUAAAUGAAAUAAGACUAACCUUGAAGUAAAUGUCUGGUAGCAGCCGUUGGUGGUGGCGUUUUUCAUGCUUGUGUAUAGUAAUCUUUCUUGCCUUUUCUCGUCAUCUUGAAUGGCUUCGUUGUCGUCACACCCAUCAGAUGAACCACACUCCUGGAUCUUCACUAGGGACAGCAGUGAAUCUGUUACCUCUGCUCUGACCUCCAUUUCUUUAAUUGCUUUGCCCUUUCUUAGGGCCUUUUAUUUCAAAUAGCAAGUUAAUACAGCAGCCUCAGGUCCUCCUCUUUCUCUAAAAAUAAAUGCCGUGGAUAAGAUUCAUGUAAGUUUCUAUUUUCCCCCACUUAAAACGUAGCCUUACCUCCUUCUCUGGCGUAAUAUUUUGCAUGAAUAUAUUUUGAAAUUUUUUCCCAAACAAAGAUCUGUGAUUGACCCACUGAAAAGUGAGGUUAUUUGAAUAUCUGAAAUAAUAUGGUUAUGGAAUUAGGCUGUUUUGUGACUGCUGCUGUAUCAUUGUGUUUGCUCUGGUUAUAGUUUGAAAUCUGGUUAAUAUAAUCUUAAUUUGAGAGAGUUAGAUAGACUAGAAUUAUUAGUCCAUUAUAAAAAAUGAAUGUAAGAAUCUUUUCUCUCCCCAUUUAGACAACUUUGUAUCUUUUUUAAAAAUGUUCCUUCUUUCUUCCUCCCAGCCUUUUCCCCCGACUCCUAUUUGUAUACAUUCACACUAGAUACCACAGUUCUUCAAAGCUGAAUAAUAGCUAUUGAAAACUGAUGCUCUGACUUUUUUCUCUUAAUCUCAUGGACUGAACAGUAGGGAGGACCAUAUAGGUUUCCUCAGAGACCAGAGAGAGAACGAAGCAUGAUCUUCUUUGUCCUUGGAGGUGUGUUGUGGCUCUUGUGAUUGUUGUCAUCGUUGUCAACAUACCUGGAAUAGCGUCAAGUACCCUAAUGUCAUGUUGUAUGGGUUGGAAGCAGAGAAGGAAACUUGAUUAUUAGUCUAACAAAAGUUUGGCUGAAUUUUAUUGUAAAAUUUCAGCCCCUUAGUACAUAAAAGUUUCUAAAUAAUUAAUUAUGAGAACAAAGUCACUACUGUGACAAUAGGUCUCAAGAUUUUUGACAUUAUUUCAAUGUCAAUUUGACAGUCUGUGUUGUAAAUUGUCCUAUUAUUUUAGGGCCCUUCUUCACCCUUUUCUUUAUUAUUCUGAUUACUAUUUGAUAUUUCAGUUUGUCUUUGAAAUAUUCAAGACAACUUUAAAAAGAAAAACCUGAACACCUUCUGUUUUAUUCCUUCACCAUGUGAUCUCUCACGUGACACGUAUUGUGUUUAAAAUGAUGCCCAAUAGAUGAAAUAUAAUACUCCAUCAUACACUGAAGAAAUAAUUUUCUGAAAUUAUUUGUAUAUUCAGGUUUUUCUAGAAUGCUUGCUUCUAUAAAUCUAAGCAGUUCAUAGUAAACAUGACUGUUUUGUUUAAUGAGAAAACAGGAGUUUUCCCUUAUCUCAGAUUUAUCGUUUCUCUUGCCUUUCCCACCUGAAGGGGGAUGGCUGCGCACCUCUGACCAACACCUCAUCUGCCAGUUUCUGAGUGUGCUCUCCCCCUUCAGACGGUAUUCUUUUCAGUAACAACCAGAACUUUUAUACCCUCAGGUGGGUCCUCACCAGUGAUUCCUCUUCAUGAGCCCCAUUAAUAUUGAUGAAGGUCACACCUAAGCACCAAUAGGAGAAAAAACACCCUAAAGCAUAAAGGAUGAAUAUCUUAAAGCCCUGGUAGAGGCUGGCAUCUUCGAUACCUACAUGUGGUUUCAGUCAUAAUGGAGUAGAAGCCAACUUCCUGGAAAUGAGAUUUUAGGUGGUUACGUCCUAGAGUCUCUCCUCUGGUCUGCUUUCCCCUCUAGCUUGCACAUUCUUUGAUUUUGAAUUUUGUGAGAAAGCCUUUAAAAAACCCUGGUUUUAAAAAUUUCAAAUGUUGACUUAACUGUGCAAUUUCAAAAAAACAGGAAAACUGAAGUAAAUACCAUAGAGUCAUAGGAAGGCUUUGGGGGAGCGUGGGGGGAGAUGGUGCUUGUUUUAGUUUGGGCAGUCUUUUUGGAUAAGUAUUGAGAAUAUUUACAACAUUCUAUGAUUAUGUCACGUUUGUUUUGUGAGGGGAGACCAGGUUAGCUUUUGCAUAUAUAUUAUUUCUCUUAGUAUUUAAAUAUAUUUAAACAAUUUUGUGAAGCAGAGCUAGAAAAUAAUGGUGGUAUUUCAGACAGUAUUUUGAAAUUAUAAAUGUUACUUUAAAUUGAAUAAGAGAAAAUUUCCAGUAGUAGCUUACGUUACAAAAUUAAUUUAUAAUAUUUCUGCAUAAUUUUAUUGAGAUGACUUUUGUUUUUGUGGUGAAAAUAAUAUAGUGGCAACAAUUUUGAGGAAUCUUUAAAGCUGUCGUAGAAGGGACAGCCAAACUUUGGCUAGAUUUUUACUAGAAUUUUGAAAUAAGAAGUAUAUCAAUGUUACUUUUCAGUUCAAUUAGUCUUGAUGAAUAACAGUUAUUAUGUGAGUUUUAAGGGUCUUGAUAAAUUUGGGAUCUAUUCUUUUUCUAAAGCUCACGAUGUUCAUCACUGCUCAGUACUCUUGCAUUGUGUUUUAUUUCUCAAAAUAAUGUAAUUUUUAUGGAAAACUCAAUUAGUGGAAUCUUUUAUUCAAUAUUCCCUCACUUUGCUGCUUUCCUUCCUCCUCCCUUCCUUCCUUCCUACUUCUUUCAUUUUUUUGAGUCAAGAAGCUUCCUUAAUAGUAUAGUUUCUACAGAGCUUUCUUACUUAUUUUUCUAAUAAUGGAUAUAACAGUGUGAUGAAGUUUAAAUGCUCUGUGAGCAAAACUCUAUUAAACAACUUGAAGAAAUGCACUGCUGAUUAGCAUUUCCCUUGGUCUUCAGUUGUCUCCAACAUACUUUGUAGUGACUCUAUGCCAUUAAUGGAUCUUAUUAAUAUAUACUAGUGUCUGUAUGGUUAUCAACAGUGUUGUAUUAUUGUCACAUUAAUUUUGCAUUUUUGGUCAAAAAUAUAAACAGAUGUGUGUGUGAAACAACCCAUUUUAUGGAAUGAGAGUAUAUCUAAUCAUUUUCAUGUAAUUGAAAAUGUGCUAUAUGUUGCAUUUUAUUCUCAUAUCUACUUUUCUACUAUCUGUACACCGAUUGUCUCGGUGCCUUUUUCCUUUUGUAUAACUGUAUUACAUAAAGAAAUUACUGACCUCUGUGUAAACUAUGUAAAAACUGUUAAAAUUAUUAAUCCAAGGAAAUUUUAAUGGCAGUUCAAUUUUCCAGAGAAUAAAUAUUUGUGUGGGUUGAAAGUUACUUUCCUUCACCUCUCUGUGAGAAAUGUCUUCACAUUUUAGUACUUACUUGAAAUGGGUAAGCAUCUGACUUCUCUGAUGAUGAUAAGCAAAAAUAAGCCCUGAUUCUUAUCAUUGACAAAUAAGUGUUAAUAUGACUGUUACACAAAAUAAAAUUAUGGCAAUGGCAUAAGCAAAUAUCAAGUGGAUAUAUGUUAAUGUUAUUAAGAUCUCAAGUUUGAAAGAAAUCUCCUUUAAAUGUGCUAUAAAAUAUUGCUAUCAAAAUGUUUGGGUCAUGUUAUUUUCUUUAAUUCUAAGUCAAAUCUGACCUCCAAAGAAAAUAAACUACAGACAAAGUUAAACAUUUUAAAAGAAUCUCCUUUAAAGUUCAUAAAUAAAUCAAGAAUGAAACUAACUAGCUUUAAAAUGAUCUUCAUAUCUUUAGCUGGAAUAUGCAUAUGUAUACACUAUUACCUAGCUUACUCUUUCGUUUAAUGUGAAUUCGUCAUAAUUUAUAUCGGUGUUGUCAUUCUGUCUAACAAAAUCAUUUUCUAUUUGGCAAUAGUAGUUUGUUAAUUUUUAAUUCUUUUUUAUUAGAUGUUUGUUGUUUCCCAAAGACCUUGGGUUUAGAUAUGUUUCAUAUUUCAUUCUCUUGUCCAUUUUAUUUCCAGCAACAAAGAUUAUAAAAACAGACUUUAACAAGUACUCUUUUCCAUAUUAAAAGGAAUUUAAACUUU